AUGUUGGGCUACCCUUCGAGAAGCCCGAACAUUAUUUCUGCAGUCAGGGUAUCCAAUGCUACUGGCCAGGCUGACAUAUCGAGCUCCACAACUGUGCUGAGCAGCAGUAUCUCUAGCUCUGCUGGAUCAUCCGCUGUGUCCGCUACUCCAUCAGCCUCGUCUACACCGUCUGCUGAUCUCUGUCCGUCGUACAACUUCACAACGUACGCGGACAACGAGGACAAUAAUUGGCAGGUCUUGUGCGGGUUUGACACCUCGCCGUCCUCCUUCGGAGUUGUAGAUGUUCCCAGUUUUGCAGACUGUCUCGAAGCAUGUAAUGUUGAAGACGGAUGCGUUGCUGUGUCAUACUACGGAACCGCUUGUUACUUCAAGGACGGCUACCAAGAAAUGGUACCUUCUAGAAAUGUCAACAGUGCGUUCGUCAUCAACCAAGCCAACUACCCAGUACCUUCAAGAGACGAGGUGUACUCUGGCCGAGGAUGUGGCUCUUCUUUGCCUGCUGGUCAAGUUCCAGGAGGACCGACUACUCAGUUUACCAUCAACUCUGCUGGUCUGAAUCGCUCGUUUAGUGUUCAUGUGCCGUCCUCGUACAAUACUAACAAUGCAGCUCCCUUGAUCUUUGCUUUCCAUGGUCGUAGCGAGACGCUAUUGAAUAUUGAAGGAUACUCUGGCUUGUCUAGUGAAGCUUUGAACCCGUACGGCAUUGUUGUUUACCCCUUGGGUGUUGCAAGCGACCCAGAUACCGUUGAUCGAACUCCUUAUGUGGACGAUCAGACGUUCGUACAAGAUCUCAUCGUCCACAUGACUUCGAACUACUGCAUCGAUACUAGUCGCAUCCUUGCUACAGGAUUCUCCAACGGCGGUGGUCUUGUUGGGGUUCUGGCAUGCAACUCUUCGCUGUCCAACCAGUUCAGCGCUUUUGCCAUCAACGCCGGAGCUCAGUAUACCAACGAUAGCGAUACUGCUGGCUGUCCUCAGUCUGGCGAUGUACCCUCGACUAUCUUGACGAACACUCUCGUUCAGCCUGUGUGCUCACCCGGCAGACAGAAUGUUCCAAUUUUGGAGUUCCAUGGUGAUGCUGAUGGUACUAUUUCGUACAAUGGUGGACCUCGUCGUGGUUACUGUCUCCCUACUAUUCCUCAUUGGGUCUCAGACUGGUCGGUCAGAAAUGGCAUGACCAAUGCCAGCGUUGUCACACCUCUUGCAAAUGGUCAAGUUACCAAAUAUGAGUAUGGAGCAGAUGACGACCAAGGACUUGUCACUCAUUACAAAGUUGCUGGUUGGAACCAUGCUUGGGUCAGCACAGCACUUGGUGCGCCGAUAGAUUCUACACCCAUUAUCUUGGAGUUCCUCUAUCGGUUUACAAACCCCAAUGCUCUUCGAUAUAUUCCUGCGCCACCCAGUCCGCCAGCGGUUUCUAGCACUGUGUCGAGCUCAACUUCGGCAAUAGCGACUUCAUCGCCUUCUGCUGGGAUUCCUUCGCCUUCGUCGAACUUGUCUAGUGUCGCAUUCCCCAACGUAACUGCUGUUAGCCCCUCGCCCAGCAAUAUCUCGUUGCCUUUGAACACAACGACGAGUCUAUCUGUACCUCUCACUACAGCGCCUGUCUCUGUCAACAUGUCAACACCAUUCAACGUCUCAUCCAUUACCGCCGACUCAACGACUGCAUUCAACACCUCCAUCGUAUCUCUUCCUGACACUGCAGUCCUCUCUUCAGCCUUCUCAACAGCGACUCCAGCUCCCUUUGCGAACGCUACAGCCACUAUGGAUACCAACAUAACCCUCCCAACCUCCUCUCCAACAUCCGUAUCUUGUCCCUCCAGCAACAACACCCUCUACACCGACCCCUCCUCCGACUCAACCUUUGAAAUCCAAUGCGGAGAUGACAACACCAUAACCGCCGAACCUGCAUCUCAAGCGAAGCUCAAGAGUAUAUGUAGGUUUACCACGAGCUCUCUCUUUUUUCUUUUCGUGUUCAACUUCAUCACUCUUUUGGUUUUACUGAAUAUUCCGAUUGCAAUGAAGUACUCUGGUAUUGCUGCUUCGGCCACCGCCUUGAUGGUUGGUGUUGCUUCUGCCGCUGUCACUGGUGUCACUGGCAAACCCGAAGGCUUUGCUUCUUCCACUACAGGUGGUGGUAACGCAAAAGCUGUCUACCCUUCCACUACUGAUGAGCUGGUCUCAUACCUCGGUGAUAAGACUGCUCGCGUCAUUGUGUUGACCAAGACCUUUGAUUUCACUGGUACUGAGGGAACUACUACCAGCUCAGGCUGUGCUCCUUGGGGUACUGGUGCUGGAUGCCAAACUGACAAGUGGUGCGAGAACUACGAGUCAGAUGCACCCAAGGUUUCUAGCAUCACUUAUGAUGCUGCUGGUACUCUUGGUAUCACUGUUGCUUCCGAUAAAUCCAUCGUCGGAGAUGGCUCCAAGGGUGUUAUCAAGGGCAAAGGUCUACGCAUUGUCAAUGGUGCCAAGAAUGUCGUCAUUCAGAACGUGGCCAUCACCGACAUCAACCCUGAGUACGUUUGGGGUGGAGAUGCCAUUACCUUGGACGGCACAGACAAUGUCUGGAUUGACCACGUUACUCAUAUUGUCUUGGGCACUGAAGCCUCCGGCAAAGUUACCAUUUCGAACUCGUACAUCGAUGGUUCUGGCGAUUACAGUGCGACAUGCGAUGGUCACCAAUACUGGGCUCUUUACUUCGACGGCUCAGGUGACCAGGUCACUUUUAAGAACAACUACAUCUACCAGACCAGCGGUCGUGCUCCUAAGGUCCAGAGCAACACUCUUCUCCACGCCGUCAACAACUAUUGGAAUGACAACAGCGGUCAUGCCUUCGAAAUCGGCAAGGGCGGUUACGUUCUCGCUGAAGGCAAUGUCUUCGAAAAUGUCAAGGCUCCUCUGGAGGCUUCCUCGUAUGCUGGAGAGCUAUUUACUGCCGACUCUGGCUCGGCUUGCAGUUCUGCACUUGGUCGUUCUUGUGAGGCAAACUCUCUCAGCGGUUCUGGCAUUUUCAGCGAGAGUAACACUGGUUUCCUCAGCAAGUUCUCUGGUGCUGGUGCUGCGACUGCUAAGCCUGCCUCUGGGAUCAAGUCUUAUGUCACUGCCAAUGCUGGCGCUGGCAAGCUUGCCCAGUAA